UCCCUGAUGGACGCACAGAACUUGCGAAUUGAGGAGCUCUUACAGAAGAUCAAGCAGCAGCAGUACAAGCUGGACAAGCAGAAUCUGCAAAUUAAAAGCCUACAGAGCAAGGUCAAUCUACUGAUCCCAUUACACCUGAAAGACAACAAAACGCAGUCUCCGAAGUGGAAGAUAAACCUGAAGAGCCUCAGCCUCACCAACCAGAGCCAGAAUGCUAGUGGGGAGCCUCUCCCGGAGGAUUGCCACCAGCUCUUCCAGGCCGGGCAGCGAAGCAGCGGUGUUUUCCAGGUGCAGCCUGCAGGGUCUCAGCCCUUCAAAGUCUACUGUGACAUGACCACAGAAGGUGGCUGGACGGUGAUCCAGAGGCGCUCAGAUGGCUCUGUGGACUUUGACCAGCUUUGGGAUGCCUACAAGAAUGGCUUUGGAGACCUUCGUGGUGACUUUUGGCUGGGCCUGGAGAAGAUACAUCACCUGGUCCAAGAGGGAAGAUACAACCUCCUGAUCGAGCUGGAAGACUGGGAGGGAAAUUCCCAGGUGGUUCAGUUUCUCUUCAGCCUUGGUGGUGAGAGCACAGCCUACAUGCUCAACCUGCUGGGGCCUCUGUCUGGAGAGCUGGAAAAUGCCAUCGGGGACUUCAGGCAGCUGCCCUUCUCCACUCGGGAUCGUGACCACGACCUCAAAGCUGACACAAACUGUGCCAAACACCUCUCAGGUGGCUGGUGGUUCAGCACCUGUGGCCAUGCCAACCUCAACGGGAAGUAUUUCCGCUCCAUCCCGCGGCAGAGGCACGAGCGCAAGCAGGGCAUCUUCUGGAAGACGUGGAAGGGCAGGUACUACCCUCUGAAGUCAACCACCAUGAAAAUCCAACCUGCAGCACUGGAAGCAGAGCCCUAAAGCUGCCACUUGAGACUUGACUUUUUCUGCGGAGCACAGAC